CCCACCUGUGCCCAGGAGCAUUUCAGCCCCAUGUGGGAGCUGUGGGAUGCUGGGGAGUGUUGGUGUGGUCUUGGCUUCUUAGUGGCUCUGGUAGGGCCAUCGUUGGGGUCACACCUUUAGUGGCUGUUGUUUCUGGAGGAGAUGGCGAGGACGGGGUUGAGUGCUGAGCUGAACUGUGCCCACAAGGCACUUUACACAGGUGUGGGAUGACUCCUGAGGGCACUGCACCCGCACCACGCCAAGCAGCACCCCUCCUGAUGGCAGCCAUGGGGCAGAACUCAAGCCACCAUUAUCCAUGGGAGAAAUGGAUACGGAUGGAGACCUCAAUACAGAUUUUUGUACGUGCUUUGCUGUCUUCAGGAACACCGACCACCGUGUGGGAGCAGGAGCAGGUAAAGAAGACAUGUCAUCUCCAGGUGAACAGGAGGGAGCAGAUGAGAAGCCAGCAGAAGGUACACAGGCAGAUCCCAGUGGUGUGCAAGAAAGCAGAACUAGUCUUCCAAAGGAGUCACCACCUGCAGAGGAACAAGAGGAAGAUGUGGAGGAAGGGGUAUCAGACACAGAGAGCAUUGCAGAUGAUUUGGAAGAAGAAGAUAGUACUGAAGUAGCCCCAGAGGCAGAAAAAAGCCCUGAGAAGAUAGAAAAGAAAAUAUCGGAAACUUUCUUCUAUAACAGUGAAGAUGUACAUUCACGGCCAUUUGUCACUGAAGACUCUGGGAUACCAAUUAACCUUCUUACUCUUGAACAUUCUUUUGGAUAUGACUGCAAAAGAAGCGUAAACCUGAUGGCAAUGGACAGCCAAACACUGCUAUAUAUAGCAGGCAACCAGGUAGUGCUCCUGGACCUGAAAACUGAAUCUCAAAGUUAUCUCCGGAGCAGCAGUGGAGGUGGAAUUGGGUUUAUAACGGCACACCCUACUAAGCAGUACUUCGCAGUAGGAGAAAAAGGAGAGAAACCAAACCUCAUCAUCUACGACUAUCCUUCACUGAGGCCCUACAGAAUUCUACGAGGUGGAACAGAGAAAGCCUAUGUCUUUGGCGAUUUCAACCGUGCUGGCACUUUGCUGGCCAGUAUUGGAAGCAGCCCUGACUACAUGUUGACUAUCUGGGACUGGAAACAAGAAAAGAUUGUGUUAAGGUCAAAAGCUUUUUCACAGGAUGUUUACAGGGUCACAUUUUCUCCUGAUAAUGAGGAACAGCUAACUACAGUGGGAGUAGGACACAUCAGGUUCUGGAAGAUGGCUCUCACAUUCAGUGGUCUCAAGUUGCAAGGAGCUUUGGGCAGGUUUGGAAAAACAUCAGUGACUGACAUUAUAGGGUAUGUGGAGCUACCUGAUGGCAAGGUUAUCUCAGGGGCUGAGUGGGGCAACUUGCUGCUUUGGGAAGGGGGCCUCAUCAAAGUAGAGCUCUGUCGAGCUGGACACAAGCCUUGUCACAGUGGCCCUAUCACCCAGUUAGUUUUGGACGAAGGAGAACUUACCACUGUUGGGCAAGAUGGCUUCAUUCGGGUGUGGAACUUUGAGGCAAUAGAUGCUGCUGAUUCUGUGGAUGACACAGGGUUAUUGGAGGUGGAACCUAUGAAUGAACUUCAGGUUGGCAAGAACGUCAGUCUGAAUUUCAUGUCAAAAGUUCAUGACAAUGGACAGCCCAUUUGGUAUGCUCAGGAUGCCAAUGGCGCAAUCUGGAAGCUGGAUUUGACUUUUUCAAAUAUGACCCGUGAUCCAGAGUGCCUGUAUACCUUUCACUCCGGAAGGAUUGAGGCUGUGAGUGUCUCUCCUGUGACAUACCUUAUGGCCACCACUGCUCUCGAUCGGUCAGUGCGUAUCUAUGAUUUCAUCAGCAACAGGCAGCUGAGUGAAAUUCAGUUUAAACAAGGAGGAACAGCACUGAUGUGGGCACCUCGUGUUGUAAAUCCUAAAGGAGGUCUAAUUGCUGUGGGCUUUGAAGAUGGCGUUGUCCGCAUAAUUGAAAUUUAUGAUCCCAAAGGACUGGCUGCUCUCAGAGGACGGACCAAUAUAGGUAACACAGAGAUAAAUCUGAAACAAGCUUUCAAACCUCAUACUUCUGCAGUUACAGCCUUGGCUUAUGAACAAAAUGGAGAUGUCCUUGCCACAGGGAGUAAAGACAAAACAGUUUUCUUUUUUGCUGUUGAAGAGAAAUAUGAGCCAAUUGGAUUCAUCCAUGUCCCCGGGCCUGUGCAGGCAUUACAGUGGUCUCCACCUUCUCAUGUGGAGAGCAUGCUGCUCAUCCUUUGUGAGAAUGGCUUUGUUCUCCAGGUUCCUGCUCCUGUCCCUGAGGAACAGGAUACAGCAUCCACCUACCAAAUCAAAAACCUGCCAACACAGUACUUUCAUUUUUAUAGCAUUAAAUCCCGAAUCAAGCUGGAAGAGGAGAUUGCACUGAGAGAGAAAAAAAAGCAGGAGAAGGAGAAAGCAAGGCUUGAAUGGAUAAAGCAGCAACAGGAGAUGGGAAAGGACAUAGAAGAAGAACCUGAAGAGGAACCUGAAGAAGAGCCAUUGCCACCUCUCUACAUACCAGAGGAGCCCAGUCCCAUUCUCUGUGGGUUUUAUUCAGCACCAGGGAAAUUUUGGCUUUCCUUGGGUGGAUAUGACUCAGGAUUCCUCUAUCAUUGUGCAUUCUCCUCAAAUCAGCACCAAGAAGACCCUGAACAAAGGCAAGAUGAACCCUUUGAAGUUAUUCCUAUUGAGGAUACUGACAACAAUCCCAUCCACCGGAUCUCGUUCUGUACCAGCAGACUAUUGAUGUUCUGUGGGAUGCAGAAUGGAGCACUGCGUGUUUACGCUCUUCAGGAUAAAGACCUCUCAGCAAAUACCCUGAAGGAAUACUGGUCCUUCAAUGUACAUGACAAUGACUAUGGCCAGAUCCGGGGGAUCUGUUCUAGUUAUGAUGAUAGGUUUCUGAUUACCUGUGGUGAAGAUGGAAACAUUUUUACCUUCAACAUCUUGUCUCCAGAGGAUAUUCACAAAGAGCUAAAAGCCAAAAUCCCCUCUCCUAGGAGUGGUCUUGAGAUGGAGAAAGCUGCUGAAGACAUUGAGGAUCCCAAUGCCUACAACAUUGAGGAAGUCAAGCAGAAAGAGGAGUAUGAACGGAUCAUGAAGGAAGCUGAAGACAAAAAAAGCAAGAAAAGAGAGGAGUUAACUGCUCUGAGAGAAGAGUUUCUUUUUCUGCUUCAGAAGAAUCAGGAGUUGCCAAAGCACAUGCAGCUGCACAGAGACCAGUACGAGAUGGACCAUAGGAUCUUUGAGGAUCUGAAUAGGCAGACAGCACAGAAAAUCCAGUUAGUGGAAAAGGAACUAGCUUGGGAGCAUGAGAAAAACUUGAUUGGACUGCAGAAACUACGAAAUUGGUUUCGGUCCUCACUGGAAUUUGACACCCUUGUUGUUCAUGCUAUUCAAAGCAAUCAUCAGAUUUCCACCUACAGACUUCUAGCACUCUCUGAAAAGUACCGCCAAGAUAUGGAACAUCCAUCUUGGAGGAAGACAGUACUUAAGCGGGCAUGGAAAAAGAUGGAAAAAAAGGAGGCCGUCAAAGAGGCAAAGCAUGCUAGAGUUUUUGAGGAGGAGGCCGAAAAGGUGAAGUCAGAGGUCCAAAAGCCAACAGCACGUUUUAUAGAAAACAAACGUAAGCAAAUCAGAAGAAUUGCUGAGAAAUCCAACAAGGUGAAAGCUAAGAUAAUGAAGAGGAAAGCAGAGUGGGAAGAACUAUACAAGAGCAAGCCUAGUGAUGACUAUGAAAACCCCGAGGAUGUUCAGGCCAUUAAAGAAGCACGGGAAAAUAUGGGGUGUUAUAAGCUGAAGACUGCCACCGAUUACAGAGUCCCUCAGCACGAACAAAUGAAAACUGAAAAGAAGGUGAAGCAGCUUGAAUCCUUGGAAGUGUUGAUUCAUAAGAAGAAAGUGAAUAUGAACAAACAGAUCUUGUCCUUGCGGGAUUUGAAGGUUUCUGUUAUUGACGAAAUCAAGUGUUUAGUGCAAGAAUUGAAAUCCAUACAGGCAGCGUUGGAUUUAUCAGAACAUCUCCCUCUUCCCCCGAUCCCUCAGUUACACCCAGAUGAGGUUCCAGAAAAAAAAUUUGAGUAUGACACUGACAUCCUCCUUAAGUUCAAACAGGAGCAGGAGGCCAAGGCAAAGUUCCAGGAACCAUUGGAAGGGUCUCCCUCAUCUGGUGCACCUAGGCGUAGUUUUCUAAAGCCUUCUUCCCUUAAAGAGUCUGGCUCCGUGACACAGCCUGCAAGAGAACACCCAGUGAAAAUAACGCCAUCUGUGGUCGUAGAGCAGAAAAAGCUUCUUGAGAUUGAGAAGGCAGAGCCAACUGAAAUGGAACUGGAAAUUUUAAAGAGGGAGAAGAUAAAAAACCUAUACUUGCAGGAUUCCUUGAUUAAAAAGAUCAAUGCACUGGUGAUAAACUUUGAUGCUGAACUUCGUGUCCUGCGGCACAAGAAACUGCAGCUGGAUGUGCAGUUGAAGCAUGCUGACCUGCGCUACAUCACGUGGUAUGAAGAGCUGCUUAUCCUGAAUGAUGUUGAGAAAACUGAGAAUGAUCUCCAGGGGCGUGUUACCACCCUCCGCAGUGAGAAGGAGGCCACACAGUCAAAAGUGAACAGCUACCUUGCACUGAUGGAGCAUACAAAUUCUGAGAUGGUAAAGCUUCGGGAACGUAAGAAAGCUCUUUAUGCCAGCUUCCGAGCAUCCCUUGGAGAAAACAACAAGUUCGCCCGUUUUCUGACCAAGGUUCUGAAGAAGAAAAUCAAGUGCAUGGAAAAAAAAGUAAAAAGAGAAGCAGAUGAGAAAUAUGAGAGUGAAUGGGAGACUGAUGAAGAGUCCACCUUGGGGAGUGAUGAAGAAGAUUCUAGAUCUGAAGAUGAAGUCUUUGAUGUCUCCGUUUGUCCAAAGAACUGUGAUAAGGCGCUCUUCCAAAACACCAUCCAGCUCCGGGAGAAGUGGUUAGACAUUGAGGAGUCUUUAACAAAGGAGAAGAGAGUUGCUGCUAACCUCAGAAAGAAAUAUAACGUCUUGGUCCAAAAGGCAAAAGCAGUAGAAGCCAGUCUGAACACAGCAGAGAGGGAACUGGACACCUUUCAAUGGGAAAAGCAGCAUAAACUUAAUGAGUUAUACGCAGUUGUGCCUUUGAAACUUCAUCAGGUGGAAUACUUCGUUAAUGGGGAGAUACCCAGUGACCUCUCCCAAGCCCUGGUAUUUACCAACCAGUCCUUAGAGUAUCUGCAGAAGAGAAUUGUGGACCUACGUAAUGAAAAAAUAAUGCAGAGAGAGAUGUAUAAGAAGGCACAGCAGCAACAUAAGAAACUUAUCCAUGACAAAAAGGAGAUGGAGAUAAAUAUUCGCCAACUGGAAGAGGAGUGCAAUCGGAUGAUGAUGCUGAAGUUUGGCCGGAUGGUUGAUUUUGAAGCAGUUCAAGAACGCUCCGUUAACAUAAACUUGGAAGAGUUGGAAGUAGAAAUAAUGCAGAAAGAAUAUGAGCACUCCCAGGAACUCAAAGAGUGGGAGAAAAGAACCUUUGACCUGCAGCAGAAGCUGAUGAUGCUGACAAAGGAAAAUACCAGAAAGCUGCAGCAGCUGAACCGCUUCUGCCUUGAAAAGCAGCAACUUGAAACUACACUGGAUUCACUAAAUGAUGAUCUAGGAGCAGAGUUUCAGGGCCCCCGAAGUACAGACAUCAAAGAGAAGGCCAGGAUGGAGUCACUGCUGAAACACAGGGCUCAUGACAUUGCCAUCCUAAGGGAAGAAAUCAAUCUUCUCAGAAGAAAAGACGGAUGCGUGAGAGAACAAUUCAGUCUGCUAGCCAGAAAAGAUGGGUGCUUCUUUCUACAGCCUUCAUCACCACAGGACUCUGAGACACUCUCUGAACCCUUCCCUGUUCUUACACCAUGUACGGUAACUAACAGCCCCAGUGUCCCUUAAAAAUGGAUGUAUUUAACUGCAGCUGUAGUAAUACCUAGAAGUGCAAAAUGUACUGUUUUAGUUAAGCAGAGGGGUAGUUGUAAAGGGUUUUCCCUGUCAAAAUAUGACUAUAGUGGCAGAUGUGGAAUAAAAAUGGGCAAAUGCAACCAGUAAAUGCUGUUACUAGUCUAUUCAGAGCUCUGCACUGGACAGAUGCUCUGUGUAUGUGUAUUGCAUGUGCAGCUGUGUAUGCCUGUUCGUAUCUCUCAGCACAAAAAGGGGCUUUGGAAGGCUGGGUAUGAGAAAGUUUUGUCUGUCUGAAACUAUCUUUGGUACCUGUGUUCUCAGAAGUGGUAACGGAGGUCUGUCUUGGGCAUACAUCUUAUUGUUUGUUGAACAUCCUAGCAGCAACAGCAGUUUUCUUGAGAUGGGAAGUGCUGUGUGGUUGGAGAAGGCAAGGGGACCUUUGUCCUGGGCCUACAGUGCGUCCUCAGAUGGGUAUGGUGCCAGUCGGAGACCUGCCUGCUCUACAGAAGUGGGAAACUCACUAAAGUGCAGGAAUCAGAUUUACUUGGCAUGAAGAGGCUGUAGCAACAGGUGGGCAGUGAUGUUUGCCUUUAAUUCUGGCUUGCAGCAGUAGACCAGAC